AUGAUCGAAAAUGGAUUUCUGCUCACUGAUUCUGCGAUUUGGAGACGAAUUUUGCUUCUUUGCAUCAAAAAAACUUCAAAAAAGGAGAAUGGUCCGAAAUAUCCGCUGUUCAACUCAUUUGGAUCAACUAAUAAAUUGCCAAAAGCUGAAUUUAUUGAGGAAUAUGACAAAUUGUGCGAACAAUUUAAUGGAAUUACGCCAAGAGUAAUUGGUCAAUUAAAUAAGCAAAAAUUGUAUCUUGCCUGUGAUUUCUGUAAGUGUCGAAUCAAAACGCAUUCAUCUCUUGCUUCUCACGUCUUUUCGAGGGCUCACGGAGCAAUACUCAAGGAAACCUGUGAGGCGUCGAAAGAAGAUUUAGAAUAUUGGAAGAGGUUCAUAGAAGAAGCAAGGUCCUUUAAGAUUGCGAAGGUCGAAAUUCCGUUGUUCAAUUAUCUCGCCGAUAUUCGGCCAGGAGAAAAUGAUUGGGAAUUUGAGAAGGAAUAUGAUAAACUGGCCAAAAGAUUAUCGAAUAUUCGUCUAAAUUAUAUUGCAAAAGUCAAUACUGAAAAGCGCCUUCGACUGAAUUGCGAAUAUUGUAUUAAUAAAUGCGGAAAGAUGGUUACGUAUAAUAGCUAUCACUUAAUCGCUCAACACGUAUUCUCGAGAAAGCACGGCGAGAUGCUCAAAAAACGAAUGUUGGUGUCGAAAACUGACGUCGAAUAUUGGCGAAACUUCAUUGAAAAAGCUGAACAAAUUGCAGAAAGUGAUGUCUUGCCAAAACGGAGGAUGCUGAGGCCUGCAGAAAAGAAAAAAAAACAAACGUCCGGAAAACGCUUGCUUGAAGAGUUUUUGAUUGUGGACGUCCCCGUGAAAGCGGGAUUCCCAAUAUUCUCUUUAGAUCGUCUUCCGAAUCAGGUUGGUGUAUUUCAUCGAUUUUCGAGUUCGUAUUUGACCGGGUUAAUCAAAAUGUAA